AUGGCAACUAUUGUCACGAUUUUUUUAUUUCUGACAAGUUGGUUUUUUCCAAACUUUGCUUGUCAAAAAAACACGGUAGGGCCUACAAUGGAAGAAGAGGAAGUUCGGUAUUUUUGCCACGAAUGCACUAACGAAUUUGGAGAGGCGAUACAAUGUCCUGCAUGUGGCAGUGAUUUUGUGGAGAAAAUUGAAACAAGCGACGAUCCCCGACAAUUCGUUCGUUCAAGACCAAGAAUGAUGGGUUGGUCAUGGUCUUUUGGUCAUCGACCUGUGGCAGUUUGUUCAAAUAGAUCAACCUGCUCAGGAACCUCAGAAAACGUGAUUUCGACAGAAACAUUACCAGGAACAGUAUCAGAGACAGCACCAGAUACUUCAGCCAAUGCAACACCUAGUGAGACUGAUAAUACGUCACCACCUCCUUUGUCAACUCAGUUUGAAAAUAUGCUUCAAAAUAUUCUUUCAAGCAUUAUUGGAAAUACUGCGACAGUAGAUAUCGCAUUACACGAAACAUCAGAUAAUCAAGAAUCGCAAGCUCAUGAAGAAACAAAUACGGAAGGGGGAAAUCGGCAUCGUCCAGGUAACUUUGUCUUUCAAAGAUCAUUUGUAUGGUCGAAUUAUCCUUCGGGUCAAGAAGAAACAAGACAAGGUUCCGAAAAUACAACUGAAGAAACUCAAGAAAGCACUCGUGCACGAGCAAUUCCUGUUCAUGAUUUGGAAAGUUUUUUAGAAAAUGCUUUUGGAACUGGACUUUCCGAGGAAGGAAUACCAGCAGGGCCUUUAGGUAGAUUUUUUUCAAGUAUUUUUUCCAUGAGGAACCCAGGAGAUUAUGUUUGGUCAUCGACAACUUUUGAUAAUAUUAUAACACAGCUGAUGGAACAACAUCCAUCAACCAAUGCACCACCGCCCGCUUCAGAAGAAGUGAUUAAUGCUUUGCCCAGGAUGGUGGUCGAAGAAGAAGAUUUACAUGAUUGCGUAAUCUGUAAAGAAGUUUAUCAACCUAAAGAAAUAUAUAUUACAUUACCUUGUAAACAUUAUUUUCAUGAUAAUUGUAUCAUACCAUGGCUAAAAAUCAACAAUACAUGUGCAAUAUGUCGUACAACGGUUGGAGCUAAUGUAUUAAAUCAGCCUUCAAGUUCAGAAGCAGAAAAUAAAGAAGAUGCAUCAAAAAGCUCUGAUAAUAAUGAAAAUGAACAAUUGGAGCAGGAACCUCCUGAUUAA